UAUUUAAACCCGGGCCUGGCCCGCAACCCACCGUCUAACACCCGCCUGCCUCCGUGCUUUGAGUGCGCAGUACUUAUACCUACGCAGUACCUUACCUAACCUACCUACCUACCUCUGAUCGAGGCAGCCAAAAAAAGAACGGACAAAGAAAGCAUAUAUAACUAAAAGUAGUAGUAUCCACUCGCCCACCAGGUUCUUCCCAUGUCCGUGUUGCUGUGCCCUACAUGGUUGCUGCAAUCCGUCCCACGCGUGUCCUAACCUAACAAGGGGCGGACUGGUUCUUCUUCUUGUCCAGCUCCUCCUCCUUUAUAAUACCUUGCUGUCCCGCCCACCACCAACUUGUCCUCCUCGUUCUAUCCAUGACUGGCCUCCAUCACCUGCACUCUACCUUCUGGCAGCGGAAUUCGCUGCUCUGCUCUCUGGCGAGCACAGCCGUAUCGUCGAGAGCCACGCACGCAGCCGAGUUGACGGAAUCCAAGAUGCCGUCCUUCAACCCUUUCACUUCCGUAGCUAGCCGGAAUGUGUGCGCCCUGUUCGAGAUACGCCUUGAGAACGACUUCAUCGUCUUUCGUGGAAACGAGCACGAGGCUUCCGGGCAGCUGCUGAAGGGUGUCGUGGUCCUGUGCUUGCGGGAGCCGCUGAGGGUUGAGGAUGUCCAUCUCCGGCUCGUGGGCAACUGCCGGGUCGCUUGGGUCGACGGGAAGCAGACGCCGUCCGGGAUCCACAACCAGAGAGUGGACAGGAUGCUUACCAUCCUCAAACAUGCCUGGCCCCCCUUCGUGGGCGAGUCGAGCCACCACAACCUGCUGGGCCGCGGGAACUACGAGUGGCCUUUCGAGAUAGAGUUAUCGGGGAACACGGCCGAGAGCGUCGAGGGGCUCUACCAGACCGGCAUCACCUACAGCUUGAAGGCGACUGUCUCGAGAGGCAAGCUGGCGAAAAACCUGCACACUUUCAAGCGACUCCGAAUCAUUCGGACCCUCGAACCCGCCGCGCUGGAGUUCAACCACGCUAUGAGCGUGGAGAACAUAUGGCCCAACAAGAUCGAGUACUCCGUCGUCGUCCCGCAGAAAGCCGUCGUUUUCGGGAGCCACGUUCCCUUGGAGAUGCGCUUCACGCCCUUGCUGAAAGGCCUGGAGAUGGGCAACAUCUCGGUCAAGCUCAUCGAGGUCCAAGAAUUUGUCGUGCAGAGCUUCCAGGCGCCGACGAAAUCGUACAAGCACGACCGCGACGUCAUGUCCUGGAGCUUCGAGGUCUCCCGAGAUAACCACUGGCGCGACAACAUUGAGGAGACCGGCCAGGAGGGGUGGGUCGUCAACAGAGAGUUGUCGUUACCGAAGAAAUUGAGCCGGUGUAUCCAAGAUUGCUCCGUCCACGGUAUCAAAAUCCGACACAAGCUCAAGCUCACGGUCGCGCUGAAAAACCCCGACGGCCAUAUUUCCGAGCUGAGGGCGUCACUACCCAUCACAAUCUUCAUCUCCCCGAACAUGCCUUUAGACGAAGAAGGCAAUCUCGUCUCUCAAGCGCCGGAAGCGCUAGGUGAUCCCGGCGAUACCGGAACGUCGAGCAUGGCACCUCCAGGCUACGGGAUGCAUGUGCUCGAUCAACUCUACGAGGACGUGGACCCGAGCGGAAUCAUAACCCCCGGCAUCCAUAGCGGCGUCAACAGUCCUUUCUACGCGCAAUCCCGAGCCGGCUCGUCCGAAAACGUAGCAGCCAUGAUCCAUGCGAUAGCCGUCCCACCCGCUGCCUUGACUUCCAGGCUGCACGACGUCUCGCUCGACGAGUCUCGCCGAAACGAAUCCUACCUACUACAUGUUCCCGGAUCGGGAGCCACGACCCCCCUGACCCACCAUCAGGAUAGCGAGCAUACCGCGGACUCGUCGCACACGCAUUCGACAGAAUUAUCGCGACAGACGAGCGAGGAGGAGCACGCAGGCCCUACGGGCCACCAUACUCCACCGGAGCAUACCGAGUUCCUCGACCUGGUCCAGCUGAGCAAGGUACCCAGCUACGCGACAGCUACGAGAACACCGCUCCUGAGAACGCACAGUUACACGGGCUCGGUCGCUCUCCCCGACUACCAGACAGCGGUGAGCGCAGCGAGCAUCAGCAUGCCAAGUUCGCCCUCUCGCGUGGUGGCGACGGACCCUCUGGAGACGAUCGCGGAGCGUCAGCACAACGGGGCGGGCGCUGCGCCGGAUAGUCGAUCGAGGAGCACUUCGGCCACUAGGCAAGCCAAUCGGCACUCGAUAGGGGGGUUUAAUUUCUUCCCUGGUCACGGGGCACUCGGGGGGUUCGAAGGCGAACGGCGAGUUCGACUUGUCCCAGGUCGAAGUGGCUAAACCAGCUGGCCACCACUGCUGCCACGACACCGUCCUCGACUGCUACUCUACCAUCAGGGAAUGUUUCCCAAGAGGGUGUCUUCUACGGUUACUACGUUUUCCGGGCGUAAUGUUUAUAAUUGUUCUGCUUCCUCGCUGGGGCGUUAGGUUCGGGCGCCCGGGGCGUUGGAGAUAUUGAGUUGGACCACGGCUCAUUGGAGGGGGAGGACCGGCUGUGGUCGCAUCGCAAUCCCUGGAGGUCGUAUCGGGGCGGACUGCACUUUGCACCACUUACACAUCGGGCGGCGAAUUUGACAGGAAUUAUGGCUGUCGCGCAGGGAUUGAAUUGGCCGGCCGGGCACAUAUUAUGAUGAUGAUUCGGGAACGAUACGUCUUUUGACAGUUGCUAUAUACCCCAGCUCGCAUUUCUCGCUCACCAUUGCCAUCUACUCGAAACGCACGCAGAGAGAAAGGGGGGGGGAGGAGAGGUAACUCUGUGUCGAGGGGGCAAAUACCACUGUACCAUUUCUACUACUUACUACUAUUAUACCAUACACAUCCUACGCUCGCGCGCCCUCCCAGUCACACUGGUACUCACUCACACUGGCACGCACUCACACUGACACGCAUACACGCCGUCUUCGUGCACCGCCUCGGCAAAUGGAAACCCAGAAAAAAAAAGUUUGACUCGCAUUUCUUCAUCGCGGAUAAUUGCGGUUGGCACCUCUGCUGCAUGGGGCGCGGGGGGGGAUGGGC